AUGCGAUCCUCGGCCUUGUGGUUUCCAUUUCUGGCCCUAUUAUCAGGGCCACACCUGAUUUCAGCUACCAUCUUCCCUGAUCCAGCUCCUUAUGCGGAGCAAUUAUCUUAUGAUCCAUUCAGUGAUUAUCCAGCAAUCCCAGUUGCCGAAGAACCAUCAAGCUCCGACUCCGAGGCUUCCAUCCUUCCUUUAUCAAAACCUUUGGGUAACAUUGCCGGAUUAGCUAUCGACUCAAAAGGAAAUGUUGUUGCCUUCCAUCGUGCUGAUCGUGUCUGGGAUGAAAAAACAUUUAAUGAAAAAAAUGUUUUUAACCGAAAGCUCGGACUUAUUCCAAAUUCCACAAUCGCUGUCAUAAAUCCCGAAAAUGGCCAAGUUGUUUCGGAACAUGGAGAGAACUUAUUUUAUUUGCCCCACGGGCUAGCUAUUGACGACGAAGGUAAUCACUGGGUCACAGACGUCGGAAGUCAUCAAGUUCACAAAUUGGAUAAGAACUUCAGACCCAUAAUGAGCUUGGGUGAAGCUUUAGUUCCUGGUUCAGAUGAUAAGCACUUCUGUAAACCAACUGAUAUUGCUGUCGCUAAGAAUGGCUUUUUCUUUGUCGCUGAUGGUUACUGUAAUAGCCGAGUAAUGAAAUUCAAUCCACAAGGAAAGCUGGUUGACGAAUUCGGAGCAGCUGCUGUUGCCGAUGAAGCUGAACCCAGUGACUUCCUCAUUCCCCAUUCACUUGCUCUUAUUGAAGAUAUGAAUAUGAUCUGCGUAGCUGAUAGAGAAAAUGAAAGAGUUCAAUGUUAUUCAGCUGGAUUAGCAGAAGGACAUCGCACCAUUCCAACGGGAAUUCCAAUCACAAGUGCUGAUGACAUCGGACGUGUUUUCGCCAUUCGUGAGAAAAAACACUAUUUGGUUGGAGUAACGGGAAUGGGUAAUGGACCAGUUGAGCCACAGUUAUUCGUUAUGGAUAUGAACAAUGGAAAAGCCAAUACCUUUGUUGAAGGAAUCGAGAAUGUUCAUGCUUUGGCUGUUUCUGACGAUGGAACCGUUUUUAUGGCACAAAUGAAUCCAAAUCAAAUCGUUCAAAUUUCUCUACCAGAACAACUUUGA